AUGGGAGACAAGGCAAGUGAAAUGAAGGUUGUAGAAUUCAAAGACUACAUUCAACUUUCUGACCACAUGGGAAAGCGUUUUCCUCAUCUUAACGACAUCUGGCUCUCCACUGAAAUGCAGGAAGUCAUUGACAAAUCAAGAUCGUACUCCAAUUGGAAAGUUUACCGCACAAAUGUGACACGAAAAGUGCCGAACACGACAAUGGCAACUUAUGAAGCUAGUCCUGGGAGGGAAACCAGCAUCAAUUAUCCUCUUGUUAACUUCUUGAUGGCCACUGAAGCUGAUUUCUUCAUUGGAGCAUUAGGUUCUACAUGGUGCUUUCUCAUUGAUGGAAUGAGGAACAUUGGAGGGAAAGUAAUGGCGGGGUAUUUGAGGUAG